CAAACUUCAACGUUUCUGACAAAUUGAUUCAUACAAUAACAAUAACUAAAACCAAAAGUCAAUUAAAAUAAACUAAUUAAAAAUGGGGACUCAUUGUUUUCCAUAUAGACCAUUUGAUUAUAUGUACGAUCCCAUUUUUUCAGUUUCUGGUCCAAUAGAUCAUUACAAAGAGGCGGUGCGGGCUAAAAUUACCACAGCAAAAUUUCAAAUAUGUCCAAUAUUUCCAAAUAUGUUCUCCGACAUCCCGAGCCACCCUAGGCAACAGCUGUUAAGAAUAUCAAGCGUGCCCGUAAAAGAAUUCUCUAUGUCACAGCGUAAGACGAAUAUGCCUGAUAAUUUAGUAAACGACGCGUCCAAUGUAUUAGGACCAGAUAGAAUGAAAUUUUUUAAAAUCAAUGUUUUGAAUUUUCCACCAAAGGAUUUGUUACCCUACCGAACACUUGCAACCUUUAAUAUUAGAAUGGUGGCGAAACAAUCAGAUGGGCAUAAAACUCUCAACAAAACAACCAACACAUUAUAUACAGAUGCUGAAGUGCAAACAAUCCCUUGGGAGCCUCCCUAUAAAGUUAUUGGGGAAGGAUCACCUGAAGUGUUGCUUUUGAACUUUCUAAAAUGGGGUGCUGGCUUGCCCGCUGGUAAACAUGAAAUCGAACUAAUAGAAAGGGCUAGAAUGAAAGUGGCAUGGGAGAAAGCAAUAAGACCAAAUCUUGCUGAUGAAUCUGCUAUGACAAAACUAAGAGAUUAUAUGGAAGCGUUAGAAAUGGACGAGUGGGCUUUUAGGGAACAGGAAAUUCAAUAUAUCCAAGACAUGAGGAUGGAAUUGCUAGAAAAUAUGUUGGAGGAGCUCCAUGAAAAUAGGACCAAGAGAGCCGAAAAGAAAAUGAAAAGCAUUGUGGAUCGCACAUUAGCAGAAAGAGAUAAAAAAAUAGCAGCAAUUAAAAAACAGGGACAAAGAGCAUUGAGAAAACUGGAAGUUGCCUCACGUGGAGUCAGCAACAAAUAUCGUAAAGCCGACAUCAUUGACGAACACGUGGAUUAUAAAUCUGAAAUAUAUGCACCCAUGAUGAGGCAUGGUGAACAUCCCAAACGUUGGCAUAUGGUCAUUGAUGAGAAAAACAAGAAAUACAAACCACAGUUUAUUGGUGUUGAAAACAUUGAAACAUUGCCCACGUGGUUGGAUAAGGCGACCAAAAUCACAGAAAGGGAAAUCGAUGACAGAGUACCAAUUCGUCAUAUUUGUAUGAGAGAGACGAAAUGGACAACACCGGUAUUGAAACAGUUACACGAAGAACUAAAGACAAUGCGUAUGAAAGAACCACCAACAGCCUGCUCGUUGUUAAAACGGCUGGAGGUUGAGAAACAACUACAGUACACUUCUGAAGCACAGGGCGUCGAAGAAGAAGUAGAAACACAAUAUCAAGCAGUAGUGAAAGUACAAAGUAUUAUAAGAGGAAGGGCCACACAAGUUUUGAUAUAUGAAGGUCGUGAUAGAUGUCGCAAAUUAAUAGAAACCUUAAGAGAAUCCGAGGGGCUUCUUCAAGCACAAAAGGAAGAAAAACUUGAGCGAAAAUUAGGUGCCCUAGGUCAAGAAAGAAAACAAUUUAUCCACGAAAGAAAGUAUGAACAAGUGAAAGAAAUUCUUGAUCGUUUGCAAGGCAGUUGUGUGGGUACACUCUUAGAUUUCUUGAACAAGGAACUUCGACGGCUGUUAGUCAAACGAAAGGCCCACGCCCUUUGUUUGAGUUUGGAGCGAGACUUGCAUACGCGAGAAGCUGGCGAAGCGGGCAGAAGACAGCGAGAACUGCGACGCCGUCGUGAACAUGAUGAAAUGUUCAAACAAAUUAUAAAAGUGCAUCAAGAUACUGUUGAUAUGUAUCUGCAAGACAUAAUAGCGGAAGGAAUGGAUUUCGCUUCUAGGGAAGAGGCUGCUGCUUAUGUUACCAGUAUCGCGAAAAAGAUCGAUGAAGAAACAGAAGAACUGUACAAUAUGUCAUCGUCAAUAGAAGGCGAAAAUGAAAUCGUGGCCGAUAUGGUACACCAUUUCUUAUUAUCCGAAGCAAACAAAGAGAUUGUACGAAACAAUAUAAUACUCAAACAGAAAACAAAUCUUAGAGCUGUCCAUGAUGAACUUUAUACUUGCACAGAAAAGUUACCUAAAAUUGAUAGAUCUACUCCAGAAUCUGAGAUAGUAAGGUCAAUUUUAAAUGAAAUAAUUGAUACAAUUAGUCCAGAUACUGAUAGUACUGCUUUUACAAGAGAUGAAAUAAUAUAUCCAAUUAUUGAUGAAAUUGCAUCAGACCCAUUUCGCACUCCGCCAACUUGGCUUUAGAUCAGUGCUUCCAAUAUUAUAUAAUUAUUAGUAUUUAAUAAAGGUAAAUCAUUGUGUAUAAGGGUAAUUUUUUA